AUGUCCCUCGUCUCGACCGGACACAUCGCCAAGGGCGCCAUCAUCAGCGCCGCCGGCGACAGCGUCUGGGCUACCUCUACCGAUCUCCAGAUCAAACCCGAGGAGAUGAAGGCCAUUGCUGCCAUCGUCAACGGUGACGCCGCCGCCAAGGACAAGGCCUUUGCCGACGGCCUCUUUGUCGGGGGUGAACGAUACGUCAUGGCCAGAGCUGAAGAGCGAAGCAUCUACGCGCGAUCCAAACGCGACGGCGUCGCCAUCGCCAAGACGAAGCAGGCCAUUGUCAUCGGCCUGCACGGCGAGGCCCAGGUUGCCGGCAACGCUAGCUCUACCGUCGAAAGCCUUGCCGACUACCUCAUCAGCCAAAGCUACUAA